UGGUUAUCACUCGUGAUCCUCGGCCUGUUCUGGUGCAUCCAUCCCGGUUAUCUCCGCCGCUAUGGACAACUCCGGGAAGGAGAAGGAGGCCAUGCAGCUGCUGGCUGAGGCCGAUAAGAAAAUCAAGUCUUCCCAGUCCUUCUUCUCCGGGCUCUUCGGGGGCUCCUCCAAGGUGGAAGAAGCUUGCGAACUCUAUGCCCGAGCAGCCAACAUGUUCAAAAUGGUGAAGAAUUGGAGCGCUGCCGGCAAUGCUUUCUGCCAGGCUGCCAAGCUGCACCUGCAGGUCCAGAGCAAGCACGAUGCCGCCACCAACUUUGUGGACGCCGGAAAUGCUUUUAAGAAGGCCGACCCUCAAGAGGCCAUCAACUGUCUGCUGCGGGCAAUAGAAAUCUACACUGACAUGGGAAGAUUCACCAUCGCAGCCAAACAUCACAUAUCCAUAGCCGAGAUCUACGAGUCUGAGCUGGUGGACAUAGAAAAGGCGAUAGCCCACUAUGAGCAGGCAGCAGACUACUACAAGGGAGAGGAGUCUAACAGUUCUGCCAACAAAUGUCUGCUGAAAGUGGCCACUUAUGCGGCUCAGCUGGAGCAAUACCCGAAAGCGGUAGAAAUCUACGAGCAGGUUGGCACCAGUGCAAUGGACAGCCCUCUUCUGAAGUACAGUGCCAAAGACUAUUUCUUCAAAGCUGCCCUUUGCCACUUCUGCAUCGAUAUGUACAACGCUAAGCUGGCUGUCCAGAAGUACGAGGAGAUGUUCCCGGCUUUCUCCGAUUCCAGAGAGUAUAAACUUGUUAAGAAACUUCUUGAAGCUCAUGAAGAACAGAAUCUGGACAACUAUACAGAUGCCGUAAAAGAGUUUGACUCCAUCUCCCAUCUGGACCAGUGGUUAACCACAAUGCUAUUGCGCAUCAAGAAGACCAUUAAAGGAGAAGAAGAGGAUUUGCGUUAACAGCUAUAUCUUUGUCCUCCUUCCCAAUUAGCCGGAGCCCACAUCAGGAAUUUUUAGGGUGCAAUUGUUGGGGGUGGGGGGGGAGAAACACUGCUAAUGCCCAUUUACAUGAUUGACAUAAACGUCUUACUGAGAACAAGAUCCCCUGUCAUUCUGUUGCCUCUUACCUCAUCCACUGACUACACAGACUUCUGGGGCACGGUCCUCUGUAAGAGCGGGCACCAUCAUUGAAGGCUGUGUAGUCACCGGAUGCACCAGGGGGUCCCCGGGAGAUCACAGAUUAUAGUAUACAGUACCACCGCUGGGCAUUGUGCACGUUUUUAGCUAACGCCCUUGCCGACUUAGGUGGGCUCCUUCUCCAGCUGUCGUAUCUUGACAGUAUAUUUGUGCAAUCCUCGCUUUUUGGGGUGGCAGGCUCAGACAUUGUACCAUUGCAUGGGGUAUGGAUGGGGAAGGGGGAAAAAAACAACAUGGCCUGAAGAGUCGUAAUACUAUCCUCGCUAUAUGCCAUACAUCAGAAUAUAUAUUAAUUUUCCUUUUAAAGAUAUCAGUACUUGCAGCUUGACCAAAUGUUGGGGGUUAUAUGAGUUUUAGUUUGAGGCCAACUGCCAGGGCUAGCCAUGCCUGUAGGAUCCAUAAGGUGAUUGCACCACUAAACCUUAUAGUCCUGUACAGAGUAUGCAAAAACCUAUUCAUAUCUAAUACAAGCUGCACAGCCGGGUCCAGGAACAAGCCAUUGUGACUUUCCUUGCUUUUUACUAAUACAUAGCUUGAUGUCUAUGAGGUCCUUGGUUACGGAUGAUGCCAAUCCGGCUCUCUGAGAUUGAUUGGGCUCCACUGGAGGAGAGGUGGCAUCGCUGUACCCGCUUUACCCUGCAUAGUGCUGUAGAUGUGCAUAUUUAUCUGCCUCCUCAGGGGCCGGUUCAUUUCUGUUCAUUCCGUUUGUCUCUUCUGUCAUCUUGUGAAUCCUCUCAUAAAUGAUUCAGCUGAGCCCGUGUUUAAUAAAGCAAGUGGGAUGUAACGUA